AUGGCCAUGAUGAUGAAUAGUACCAAUAACAUCCCAACAAGAUCAUCCACAAGUAUCUUUAUUAUUUGUGUUGCCGCUCUCCUGCUCAUAUUUGCACCUUCCUAUUCAAAUAGCUCUGCCUCUAGCAUGCAAGUCGGUGAUAUUUUGAAUACUGGAGAUUCUCUCAUACUCAGUGGAUGUACAUUGACAAUGGAAAGUGAUUGCCUUCUCAUUCUAUAUGCAAUAGGAAGUUCAAUUUGGGACUCCAAAACCUCUGGCAAAGGCGAUCAUCAUUGCCAAGCGAAGCUGAAUAAUGAUGGCCAACUCGUCAUCUUAUCUGGAGCAGGUAAUACCGUCUGGGGAAGUCCGUACCAAGGUCCAAUUAGCAACUACGUCCUCGAAUUCAAUGGAGACUGCUACAUUGGGAUCAGAGACCUCGGUAAUGGCCACACCGUGUGGUCUACUUGCCCGAUUGAUUUGUGCGUUAAUCAGUUUUAG